GAAGUUGCUUUCCAGAAGUCAUCUCAACAGAGGUCUGGCAGUAUUCAAUACCUUAAUUUUCUUAGCACAGAAGACAAACCACCUUGAAUUCUCUAAUUUCCUGAAUUUUUCAAGUUGGUGACAAUGGCAACUAAUUUUGGAGUUACCUCAGCAGUGUUUUUCAUCUGGGUGAUGACAUUCAUGGCUCAAAAUUACUUUGUAACAGGUUCCAUUCAGUCACCUUGCAGGAUCACAGGUGUAGGACUCUAUCUCGAAAAGAAAGUGAAUUUCUCAGAAGCAAGUAAUGCAUGUAAUCAACUGAAUCUACAAUUGGCAAGUAAAGACCAAGUUGAAAAUGCUUUGAAACAUGACUUUCAAACAUGCAGCUUUGGAUGGGUGAAAGAUGGAUUUGUUGUUAUUCCUCGGACAACACCCAACAACAAAUGUGGUAAGGGCAAAACUGGACUAGUGCGAUGGAAUGCUGACCUCCUUCAAACAUUUCAUGUUUACUGCUUCAAUUCCUCAGAUAUCCAGAUUGAUUCAUGUAAACCAGACCCAACCACAGCAACAUUUCCUUCAUCGAGUGCAUCAACGGACUCGACUGCACACUCAGCCUCUGAUUUCACUGAGAACAUCACAGCAGUGCCCACUGUGACUGAGCCAGAGCAAUUCCUGAAAAACAGAAGGUUUCGUGUCAUCUGUGUAACUGAAACGUUACCCACAGAGGGGACCAGCACAGCGCUGCCAGAGGAAUCCUCUGCGACUGCCUCUCCCAGCCACACUGCCCGGUCUGCCUUUAAGAACGACUCUGUCAUCUUUGGAGGUAUCCCCACUGCACUUCUUGUCCUGGCAAUCAUCUUCUUCAUUAUUUCAGUUGUUCUAGCAGUCUGUUAUAUCAAAAAGUACAAGAAAACCUUCCCAUUUUUAAACAAGACUCAGGAAAAAGAAAUGGUUGGAACGGUUGCUCUCAAAGAGGCAAAGUUAAAUGACAAAACACCUGAGAAGGAAGCACAGACUAAUGGAAAUAAGGUAGAAGAGUCUAAAACUAAGCCUGAGGCCACAGUAAAAUGUCUAGAAGCAGAAGUUUAAAGCAAAGAAUGUACAAUUCUUGAUGGAAAUAUAAAAUUAAGCACACAGAACUUUGCAAUGCUUUUAAACUUGGCUGAUUGUGAAUACUCAUGAGUAUUUUCUCUAUCUUAACAUGUGAAACCUUGUUUUUUAAUAAUUACAUCUUUGUCUACAAAUAUUCUUGCAGGAGAACAUGGUAUUUUAUUUACUUGAAAUAAAUAAAAAAUCCAUAUUACAGCUCAUUUUUCAUCUAUAAUAAAGAAGUAAUUAGGAAUAUGCUAUUAAUGACAUGCACUGUGUUAACUAUUUGCAUUGAAUUCAGAUCAAUAUAUCAUUAAAAGGUUUUUAUAUCCAGCUGGAGGAUGUCUGCUAACUUAAUGUCUAAUAUAAAAUGAUGAUACUGUAGUUAUUCCUCAUGUAGAUCAGCUUAUUUCCAUCCAGUAGUUGCACACUGUUUAAAAAAAGUCUGUUUACAAACAGAAGAAACAGUUCUGUUUACAAGUGCGUGAAAAACCAAAGGACUAACCCACUGUCAUUCAAAUACCCAAGAAAGGGUACAAAGAUGCUGAUGUCUAUAUAUACAGCAAAGAAUAACUUUCUUAGAUACCUUCAUCCUAUCAUAAUUUUAUUUAUUAAAACCAGUAGCAUCUUCUGCAUCAGAUAUAUUGACAGGGGUGGGGAAAAAAGCCUUGAUCUGUAUCUCAACACUUAUAUUUGAGAUAUUUUGUGUAUAUUUAAGUGUGGGUUUCAUAAUAAAGGUCUCAGGUGGUAUGGGAUGUUUACAGUGCUUCAUAAAAAAUAAAGUAUGGUUGGUAUGUUUGU